CUGAAAUUGAGCCAGUUACCACGGCAUUCAAACUCUCAUCGAUAGGGAAAGACUCAUUUUGGUAUGCGAGCCAAACAGCUACUGGAGCUGCUCAUUUCAGGGAGAAGUGGCUCGCAGAGGCCUUCGAUACCCUUCGUCGUGAAGGUUGGGUUCUCACAACUGCGCUUCGCGCGAAAAACAUAUACAAACCUGAUGGGCCAUUAGGUGUUAAGGCACGGCAUUCACUAGAUUGACUCUUUGAAAAGGACAUGCAUCACACGACAGUUACCAUGAUAUAUAGCAUUGAUAUUGACGUGAAGACUUCGAACCCCCUGAGAAGUGUGUCGAGUUUUGCGAUAAAGACUUGCAGAUUCAAUUUGAAUUGUAAAUCAUCUUUCUGUUUAUUUAUCAGAACCUUCAGUUCGAAGCGUCCUCCAUUUCUCGUCACAAGAUCGAGGAUGCAAUUUUUUAUUUUGGACGAUCGUAGCCAGCUCUAGUUUUCGUGAGUCCUCUAAGUUUUAUGGGCAUUUCGAUAAGAAAACCGGGGACUGGGUUAUGGAUGUCGAUUAUGAGAAUCCAACGAAUGGAGUGCAGUGUCUGCCACAGGAUGCCUCCAGUCUGAUUGACGUGCCACCUGGCUGGAAACCAUC